CCGCCGCCAUUUUGAGGCCGCCGCCGCUGCCCGUGCCCGCUCCGCUCCCGCUCCCCGCCGGUGCCGCCGCCGCGAUGCGUCCCGGCAUCAAACUCUUCGUGGGCAACGUCCCCGAGGAGGCGACGGCGGAGGAGCUGAGCGAGCUGUUCGCCGGUGCCGCGGGGCCGGUGCUGGGCAUCGCCCUCAUGAAGCAGUUCGCCUUCGUGCACCUGCGGGACGAGGCGGCGGCCGCGCGCGCCAUCUCGCAGCUCAACGGGCACCAGCUGCACGGCCGCCGCAUCGUGGUGGAGCCGUCCCGGCCGCGCCCCACCAACACCUGCAAGAUCUUCGUGGGGAACGUGUCGGCCGCGUGCACGAGCGGGGAGCUGCGCUCGCUGUUCCAGCAGUACGGCCCCGUGGUGGAGUGCGACGUGGUGAAAGGUACGGCUCCGAGCGCCGCCUGUCCGACCUGGCCGAUUACCGGCGCUUAGCCGACUCGCCGCUGGGCUACCGCCGCUCGCCCACCAAGUCCCCGCUGGACUACCGCCGGCUGCCGGACGCGCACGCCGAGUACGCCCGGUACUCGGGCGGGUACAACGACUACCUGCCC